ACGAAAUUGCAGAAAUUUUGGUUUAAGCCGGUUAAGAUAUUUCACGGUAACGGCAAUUUAAAGUCUCGUAGAUAUACACGCCUCGCGCCGUUACACAGGUUUCUCCGGUCGCCAUUUCCACGUUGUACCAAAGCUUUUCUUUCGCCGUCCGUUUUUGCCUUUUUUUUUUCCGACGAAACCUUGAUUUUGAAUUUCGUCUUAGGCGACAAACGACGACGGAGAUUAUGAAAGGGAUGAAGAGGUUUCUGAAUUCUCUUUCGCGACAUAGAGCUUGCGAGAUCUUUUCUGUAAGUUCUUCGCCUUCUUCUCUUCUGACACCACGUCGCUCAGUGUUUAUCUCGGCGGCGACGCACUUGCCGGAGAAUUUAUGGGAUACAAGAACGGCUACUGCUGCUCGUAGCUCUUCGAGAUCUUCUUCCUUUCCCCUGAAUUGGGUCUUCCGAGGAGUGCAAAGGAGGACAAUGUUUAUACAAACACAAUCAACACCAAACCCAUCUUCUCUGAUGUUUAAUCCUGGCAAGCCAGUCAUGGAAAUUGGAAGCUCAGAUUUCCCUAAUGCUCGUUCAGCUAUGGGUUCGCCUUUGGCCAAAGCCAUUUUCGCCAUUGAUGGUGUUGUUCGAGUUUUCUUUGGGUCAGAUUUUGUCACUGUAACAAAGUCAGAUGAUGUAACGUGGGAUGUCCUCAAGCCUGAGAUCUUUGCUGUGGUGAUGGACUUCUACUCUUCUGGUCAGCCUUUGUUCCUGGAUUCACAAGCUUCAGCUGCCAAGGAUACUGCCAUUAACGACGAUGACUCUGAGACUGUAGCAAUGAUCAAGGAACUCUUGGAGACUCGCAUCAGACCAUCAGUGCAAGAUGAUGGAGGGGACAUCGAGUAUUGUGGAUUUGAUACGGAAACUGGUAUCGUUAAGCUUCGAAUGCAAGGAGCUUGUAGUGGAUGUCCAAGUUCAUCUGUUACUUUGAAAUCAGGGAUUGAGAAUAUGCUGAUGCAUUACAUAUCCGAGGUCAAAGGCGUUGAGCAAGAAUUUGACGGUGAAGAGGAGGGAACAUCAUCAUCUGGUCCAUUGGAGUAGAGUAACAGAAGCGUAUCAGAAAAGACUUGAGAUUUGUUGCUGCUCUUCAAUAUACAGAAAGACUAAUAAAACUAGAGGCAUUGUGACACAAACAGGAGCAUACUUCUUCUUGGCUGCUUCUGUACCUCUCUUGGGUUCUUCAUCCGCCAUUGCCACCUUAGCUAAGGAGCAGACAGCCGCAGCUGCAGCCGUGAACACCAGAUCCCUCCUCAUCUUCAUGCUCUGUUCUUGCUUCUUGUUCUCUAAGCUGGUGGUGUUCUCGCUCUUGGAGGCUUUCACCACCGUGAGGCUUCGUCUGUUGCUGCUUUUGAUGGUUGUCGGAAGCUUUGAGACGGCCGGGAGAAAUGAAGAUGUCAUGGUCAUCGACGCCAUUGGUAAGUUAGUUCCCACGUGUGAUGUGAUCUCUUAGUCUCUCUCUGUUCUUUGUUUGUCUGAUGAGUUGGUGUUUAAAAACUUGGGGAUGUGGGGAAAAGAAAAAGAAAUGACUUUGAGGGAUUAUGAUCCAUUUCCUUAUCCAAAAUAUGAAUUUAGA